AUGUCUCCCUCCAGAAAUGAACCCAUUGCCAUUGUGGGCAUGGGAUGCCGCUUCCCAGGAGGCGCAAGCUCGCCCUCUAAGCUGUGGGAUCUCCUGAACAACCCAACCGACGUCGCCCAAAACAUUCCUUCUUCGCGAUUCAACGUAGAUCGCUUCUAUCACAAAGUCGGUAGUCAUCACGGAACCACAAAUAUCCGCCAGGCCUACCUACUGUCAGAGGAUGUUCGUGAGUUCGAUGCCAAGUUCUUCUCUGUCCCUCCCGGCGAGGCAGAAGCCAUCGAUCCCCAGCAGCGAAUUCUCCUCGAAGUGGCAUACGAGGCCCUCGAAACUUCUGGCCACACUCUCAGCAACCUCUCCGGGUCUGACACCGGCGUCUUUGUCGGUCUCAUGUCCCAGGACUACUUUGCGCUAAACGGCCAGGACGUGAAUUCGGUUCCCACCUACGCUGCAUCUGGCACUGCUGCCAGCAACGCCUCGAGCCGGUUAUCCUACUUCUUUAACUGGCAUGGCCCGUCCAUGACGAUCGAUACCGCCUGCUCAUCUAGCAUGGUCGCUGUGAACGAAGCCGUGCAGACCCUUCGAAACGGCACCAGCCGCGUUGCUAUUGCUUGUGGAACAAACCUGUGUUUGUCGGCCUUCACAUUCAUCACACUGAGCAAGCUCAGCAUGUUGUCACCAACCUCUAGAUGCCACAUGUGGGAUGUCGACGCGGACGGCUACGCCAGAGGUGAGGGUGUUGCUUGCGUCGUCUUGAAGACUCUUAGCGCUGCUAUUGAAGAUGGGGAUCACAUCGAAUGCGUGAUCCGAGAAGUUGGCGUCAACCACGACGGCCGAACAAAGGGGUUGACCAUGCCCAGUGCUACAGCCCAGGCAUCCCUAAUUCGAGACACAUACGCCCGGGCUGGGCUGGAUCCGAUGAAGGAGGAGGACCGGUGCCAGUACUUUGAAGCUCACGGCACAGGAACCAAGGCCGGCGAUCCCCAAGAGGCUGAGGCCAUCAUGAAUGCAUUCUUCCCCGAGUCUGAUUCUGAAGGCGAACUCUUCGUCGGUUCUAUCAAGACUGUUGUCGGUCACACUGAGGGUACUGCGGGACUGGCAGGUCUUAUAAAAGCUUGUUUGGCUCUUCAAAAUGCAACUGUGCCCCCAAAUCUACUAUUCAAUCGCUUGAACCCCGAGCUUGAGCUCUUUACCAAGAAUCUUCGUGUUCCUACGGCCAAUCAACCUUGGCCUGAAUUACCAGAUGGUAAACCACGGAGGGUUAGUGUCAACAGCUUUGGCUUUGGCGGUACCAACUCUCACUGUAUCCUUGAAACAUAUGCACCAACGCCCAGUGGCCCAGCUCUUGAAAUAGAGGCAGCCACAUCGAGAACAUGUUGCAUUCCAGCUGUAUUUUCUGCGGCGUCUGAUAACUCGCUUGUUGCACUCUUGCAGUCCACCCUUGAAUUUAUGGACAAGAAGGCAGCUAUUGAUAUAUCUGAACUGGCAUACAAUUUGAGCACCAAGCGGUCUGCUCUUCAGCGAAGACUCGCACUGUCUGCUGCAUCGAUCGCCGAGCUUCGAGAGAAGAUUCAGUCUACUAUUGAAGCAGCCUCAGAGAAAGAAUCCGCUUCACCUUCUAUUUCAGCUUUGCCUGGAACCGCUUCAUUGCUGGGUGUUUUCACUGGCCAGGGUGCUCAGUGGCAAGGUAUGGGAUCGCAGCUUAUCUCGUCGAUCCCGCUGGCCCGGAAAACAGUGGAAGAGCUAGAUGCAUCUCUGGCAAGCUUGCCCUCUUACAACCGCCCAUCCUGGACUCUAGCCGAAGUGCUCACUGAUAGCAAUGCGCCCGUUAACGAAGCCUCCCUUUCCCAGCCUCUCUGCACGGCUGUACAGGUCAUUCUGGUUGACCUUCUUUACGCUGCCGGGAUUAAGUUCCAAGCAGUUGUUGGUCAUUCCUCGGGUGAGAUUGCUGCAGCCUAUGCUGCAGGCUUCAUCACUGCGCACGACGCCAUCCGCAUCGCAUACUACAGGGGAUUCUACGCCAAGAUGGCUGCCGGUCCUUCUGGAGAGAAAGGAGCAAUGCUGGCUGUUGGAACAUCCAUCGAGGAUGCCAGUGAGCUUUGCCAGCUUGACGACUUCGCCGGAAAGAUCUGUGUCGCUGCCCACAACUCUACAGCCAGCGUGACUCUGUCGGGUGAUAUCACGGCUAUCACCCAAGCACAGGAAAUUUUAGAAGACGAGGGAAAGUUUGCCAGAGUUUUGAAGGUCGAUACUGCAUACCACUCGGCUCACAUGCUUAAAUGCUCUGCAUCUUACCUCAUAGCGUUGACAAACAGCAAGAUCGAAGUCCGACAGCCCGGGCUCGACGCACCGCAGUGGUUCAGCAGCGUCCGAAAGGGCGAGAUCGUCACUAGCCCGGGGAGUCUGAACGGCCAAUAUUGGGUCGAUAACAUGGUCCAGCCCGUACUGUUCUGCCCAGCCGUUCAAACAUGCAUGACAUCUUUGGGCAAAUCAAUUAACUGUGCCUUAGAGGUCGGGCCGCAUCCUGCUUUGCAAGGCCCGGCCAAAGAUUCUAUUCUUGCCGCCGUGGAUCGGGAAAUUCCAUAUACUAGUACCUUGGAGCGUGGAAAGGACAGCAUGGCGGCAUUCUCCGACACACUUGGAUUCCUAUGGAGUCACUUUGGACCUACUGCUGUGAAACUCGGAACUUUCCAGCAAGCAUGUUACCCGGACACUCCAUCUAAGAUGAUCCAUGGUCUCCCAACGUACCCUUGGGCCCAUGACAAGGGCUACUUUGCUGAAUCGAGACUCAUCAAGACCUUCCACAGCCACCCGGUGCCCUUCCAUGACUUGUUGGGCAUCCAAACUGCGGACGGAGUGACGAAUGAAUGGAGAUGGCGAAACAUCCUGAAAAUGAACGAACUCAAAUGGCUCUCAGGGCACUCACUACAAGGUCAGGUUGUAUUUCCCGCCACGGCUUACAUUUGUCUUGCCAUGGAAGCAGCGCUGCAGCUUGCCCAAGGAAGGACAGUGAUGUCCAUCGAUCUCCUCGAUCUUGAAAUUCGCAAAGCUAUCGCCAUCCACGACUCCACGGGAACUGAGCUGCUCGUUUCCAUGACCAAGGUGUCUACCCUCGACGCCGAGUCGAAGGAAAUUACCGCUGACUUCGCGGCCUACUCCACAAUCAGCAAAGACACCGCUAACCUGUCACUCAACUGCUGCGGUCGUGUUCGUGUGCUUCUGGGAGAGUACUCGGCAUUCCAUUUCUCGCCUAGACAGUCUCCCAUUGGAAAGCUGACCGCGGUGGACGUGGACAGCUUUUACAAGAUCCUCCGAGAAGACUUCGGAUUCGGAUACGAGGGUCCUUUCCGUGCCCUCAUGAGUGUCAGUCGUAAAUCAGGGUUUGCGACGGGAAAAAUUCGAUGCGAGGGUUUUGAUGAUUCAGAAACUUCUCUGCUCUUCCACCCUGGUAUGCUGGACAGUGCCUUGCAGGGCCUGAAUGCUGCCCACAGUGCCCCCGGAGAUGGCCGUCUCUGGACCAUCGUGGCGCCGACUUUCUGUCGUCGCAUUUCGAUUAUCCCUGAACUCUGCGGCACCAACAUGACAGGCAAUGUUGAGAUCGACUGCACUAUCACUGAUCCUCGCGACACUUACGUCACUGGAGAUGUGGAGGUCUUCUCGGAGCAUUUCAAGGAGAAGAUUAUCGAGGUUGAGGGGCUCACCUUUUCCCCAUUCGCAGGAGCGACCGUGGACAACGAUCGAUACCUUUUCCAGGAGUCGUUCCUGUGUCUUGAUAAGCCAGACGCCUAUAUAAUCUUUGGCGAUAGAGAGCCGACUCAUCAGGAGAGCAUGAAGGCCCUUGACGCUGAGCGGGCGGCAUUCUACUACCUCAAGACCUUCCAUCUCUCGGUCAGUCCGGAACAACGCGAGACCCUUCCGUGGUAUCGACAGGCUCUGCUGAAGAACGCCGAGCGGCUCUUUCACAUUGUCAAUGACGGGAAGCAUCCGUUUGCCCCGCGCUCUUGGGUGAACGACACCAGAGAGGAUAUUUUCAAGAUGAUCGACAGCUAUCCCACGACAGAUGCCGAUUUCAACCUGACUAAAGCUGUCGGAGAAAAUAUGCUCCUCUCUUCGGUGCUCAAUGGAGAUACCAGCAUCCUGCAGUACAUGACAAAGGAUAACUACCUUGAGCAGUACUAUGUGGAUGCCAUCGGAUUCCAGCUGCUCAACUUCCUGAUUGCCGGGGUUAUGGAGCAGCUUUGCGUGAAAUCUCCUCGCAUGAACUUCCUUGAGGUGGGCGCCGGAACCGGUGGUGCGACCAAGGCGAUCUUAGAGAAGAUUGGACACUCCUUUGCGUCGUAUACUUAUACCGAUAUUUCGAGUGCCUUCUUCGGUCAUGCUGCGGAACACUUCCCAUCGCAGGUCAACAAGAUGAUUUUCAAGACUUUGGAUAUCGCAAAGGACCCCACUGGACAGGACUAUACCCUCCAGAGUUAUGAUGUUGUCAUUGCCUCUAAUGUUUUACACGCGACUGAGUCAUUGCGGACUGCUCUUGAGAAUACGCGAAAGCUCUUGCGACCAGGUGGUUACCUUGUGAUGGUUGAGAUCAUCCGCAAUGACGUGAUGCGCCAUGGUCUCGUCAUGGGCGGACUCCCCGGCUGGUGGAUCGGCGAGAAUGAUGGUCGUCAAUGGGGUCCCAGUAUUACUCUUGAGGAGUGGGAUAGUAUCCUUCGAGAGACGGGCUUCAAUGGCAUCGAAACCAAUUCGCCCAUGCGUGACCCAGUGGGCGUGCCCGGAUCCAUUAUAGUUUCUCGAGCACAAAAUGAUGUUAUCAGCCAGUUGAGCAUGCCUCUCAGCUCAGCUCCGAGUGCUGACAGAAUCCUGUUGGUCAUUGGGGGCAGCAGUCCGUCUGUCACACCAUUCAGGGACCAGCUCUGCCUCACGCUGAGGUCCCAGUUUGCAGAUGUCAUCAAGCUGGAGAAAUUCGACAAUCUACCAGCACUCCCUGAGAGUUACCACGUCCUGUGCCUUGCUGAGUGCGACGCGAAUUUGUUCCAGGACCUGGAAGAGUCUGUUUUCUCUAACCUGAAGACAGUCAUAGGUUCUGCGGCCAGUGUACUCUGGUUGCUCCAGGGCCGUCGAUCGAACAACCCCCAUGCCGGAACUACCCUCGGUCUCUUCCGGACGCUGUUCUACGAAGUUCCUGGAACCCUGUUGCAGACUCUGGAUAUUGAUUCCGUCAAUGUUAAUGACUGUUCAGUCAUCGCGAAGUCGAUGUGCCAGCUCAGGCUCCAAUCGGAAAUUGCCAGACGUGGCGAGUCGGAUAAGAUACAUUGGGAGUUCGAGCCAGAACUGGUCCUUAAGGACGGCCAGCUCCAUGCCCCAAGAGUCCGUCCGCAUGAUGGCCAGAACAAUCGAUACAAUUCAUCCAAAAGACCUAUGACUCACAAGGUGGACACUCAGACGACACCUUUGGCGCUGGAGUUCGUCGACGACUCGUACAUGCUACGGGAACAGCACACCAUUGAGAAAUCCUCAUAUGGCUUUGUUACCGUCAAGAUAUCUUGCUCUUUCUUGUCGUCGAUCAAGACGCCAGUGGGAUAUGUAUUUGUUAGUCUUGGAGAAGAUGUCAAGACAGGAGAGAAAACACUCUGUUUCUCUAACCGCAACGAGUCUAUCGUGAAGGUCCCUAAGUCUUGGACCGCAUCCCUUGACGAGGUCGAGGUUGACGGACAAUUCAUGUCGUUUGUUAUUGCCGACCUCACAGUCCAAUGGGUAUUGCAAAUGCUGCCACCCACAGGUACUGUGAUGGCGUAUGAGCCAGAUCCAGUUGCAGCAUCUCUGCUAUCUCAGCAGUUGAGCAGAGUUGGCAAGAAGGCUCUUUUCCUGACGUCUAGUCCCGAAAUGUCUGGCCGAAACUGGGUAUAUGUUCACCCAAAUAGUACCAAGAGAGCCAUCGCUGCCCUCUUACCAUCCGACGUUACCUUGUACGUCGACGCCUCCGGAGCCGGGCCUCAAUCUCAAAGUCUCGGCUCCAAGAUUGCUACCUCCGUGUCAUCGAUCUGUGAUAAGGUCAAGAUGUCCAGCCUGACUGCAUCGGAAGCGUCCGUUCUUCCGCACGAUGCCCCCGAAGCCAUCACAAAUCUGCUCCGUCGCGCUACUUCAUUCGCCUCCUCACUGCUCUCCGCACAAGCAACUCCAGAGGGCGCACCGCUUGACAUCUUACCAUUGAGACGGGUGGUUGCAAACUUUGCUUCUCCAAAUCCCAGCUCACUGAUUUACUGGCAAGAGGAUCAAUACGUAUCGGUCUCUGUUGAACCCAUUUUCCAACGUGAUGAUCUAUUCCGCCCCGAUCGCACCUACUGGCUAGCUGGUCUCGCCGGAGACACUGGACGAUCCCUGGCCGACUUCAUGAUUGCCCACAAUGCUCGCAAUAUUGUGCUCAGCAGCCGUACACCCAAUCCCGACGCAGACUGGGUCCAAUGGCAAAAUUCAAGAGGUGCGACAGUGAAGUAUUUCGCAGGUGACAUCACCAGCUUCGAAUCCAUAAAGCAGAUCUUUGAAACCAUCAAGGAGUCCAUGCCGCCCAUUGGGGGUGUUGCGAAUGGUGCCAUGGUUCUGCGAGACAGUUCCUUCAUGAAGAUGAGCUUCGAAGAUUUCCAAGCCGUCCUGCGUCCCAAGAUCCAAGGCACAAUUAACCUCGACCGGCUCUUCUCCGAUCCCAGCCAACCACUCGACUGGUUUAUCGGAUUUAGUUCGAUCGCGGCAACAGUCGGUAACCCUGGUCAAUCGGCGUACACUGCCGGAAACUGUUUCAUUAAGGCACUUAUCGACCGGCGCCGUCAGCAAGGUCUGGCCGGAUCAUCAAUUGACAUCACUCGAUUGGUGGGACUGGGCUUCAUCGAGCGUGAGAGCCACGGCCGUCUGACCAAGGAGCAUCAGGAGCGACUAACCACGCGAUCUGGCACUAUCGCGAUGAGCGAGAAUGAUCUGCAGCAGUUGUUUGCCGAGGCCAUCUUGUCCGGACGACCUGAAUUGGGCCUCAACCCGGAGAUCAUUACUGGUCUGGCGCCCAUCACUGUCGAGCAGUCCAAGGACGCAUACUGGAAGACGAAUACCAGGUUGUCGCUGUUGAUUCGGGAGGUGGGACAGGGCGGCGCCCGGGGUGGAAAGAGGGGCAACGUGGUCCCAGUCCGACAACUGUUGGAAGGGGCCAAGAACAUGCAAGACGCGGCGAAGGUGCUUUCAAUUGCUUUCAAAUCAAAGCUGCAAGCGUUGAAAUUCCUUUCGGAUUCGGACAGCCUCUAUGACACCACGCCUCUGGUGGAUAUGGGUGUCGACAGUCUGGUCGCUGUGGAGGUGAGAUCGUGGUUCUUGAAGGAGCUCGCAGUCGACGUGCCGGUGAUGAAGAUUCUGGGUGGCGCCUCCAUCACGGAUUUGUUGGAGGUUGUGGUGCAGAAGCUUCCCCAAGAGUUGCUGACUCGGCUUGAUCCCGAGGGGAAGCAUAAUAGCGGCAGUGACAAUGUGCCAGCCCCUGAUGCCGACGAAAAAUCUGAAGAUUUGGAGGAAUUGAAGACCAACGGUAUUGACAGCGCUCAUGAGGUCAACGGUGUAAACGGUGUCAAUGGAACUCAUGAUACCAUUGAUGCCGCGAAUGUCACCAACGGGACUGUUAUCAUCACAAAUAAGGUGGAUCUCAAGAGUGCAGAUGGGGUUCUCCCGAUUAUUAUCAGUGGGCAGGAGGUAGCGUAA